CUAUCAAAUGUAGAAUUAUGUAUGUAGUGUUAAUCAUAUGUUACCAUUCAAAACAACUCAGUUGUUUCGAGCGACUCUGACGAUUAGGUAACCUUCCUAGCGACGACAUCGGUGCGGCUUUCCUCUUUUGUUUCUAUUUCAAGUUAGAAUUUUUAAAGGUAAAUAAAAUUUAACGCUGAAAAAUGUCGUGAAAAUACUUAUGUAUCUCUUAAGUAAAGAAAGCACAAGAAACUAUGCAAUGGAAAUCAAAAUCGACAGAAAGAGGAAACAAGAGAGUAAAAGAAAGAGGUUUGUCCAAAUAGUGAGGAGAACAAGAAAAAUAGUCCCUUUCGGUAGUUUUGUCGAUGUCUGCUAGUAGCCAGCCAACCAGGCUGUAUGAUUUAAUGUUGGUUUAGAUCUGACCUGAUGCAAAUCAAGUAAUGAAUACGUCGAUCAUGAUUUAUUCGUUCCUAUGAAGUGCGUAGUAUUCAAGAAUCGCCUGCACAAACAAGAACAAAAAGAGAAAAAACCAGGACAGUUCCAUGCCUCCUCUCUAACCCUAUGCUAAGGCAGUGGAAAGGACGUAGUUUAUAUUCAAGACUGAAUGUGGUUAAGACAUCACGAUUGUUUCCUUGUUCAGGAACACUACCUCAUAUUUACAUAUAUUUAGCAUCAUUGUCUCUCAAGUAUCCUGUGGGUUGGAAAAAUCAUUUAUUUUUAGAAGAUGAUGAUACAUUUUUGGUUCUGCCGUUGUGAUUUUACUUGAAACAAUGAAGAAGAAAUUCCGUUGCUGAUCUUCCUUGGGGAAUUACAGAUAAUUUGAAAUUCCCGUUUCUGACCAUAUGGGUGUAUAUCGAACAAAUGCUGAUAUUUCAUACCCUGUUAGAGUCUUUCCUUGAAGAGUAUCCACUGCCUGUUCUAACAACAGAAUACCAGUUAACCAUUCUUCUCAACUAUGGUAUAGUCCUUUGAUAUGGUUGCUAGCCUGUUAAGAAGUAAUUUCUGAUAUAUCUAAGCCAUAUCUUGACUUCAGCUGCUAUCUGUUCUCUGUACACACCUACUUCUCCAUUUUUGGCACCUAUUCCAUAUAUUACUCAACUCAUGCCUUUACUUACUGUACUCACAAAGUGGAAAGUUACUCUACUAAUAUACUCAGAGUAAAACUUUAGACGCAUUUUCAUGCUUUCAAGUCCUGUGUGAUUUAUCAAAUACAUACGUUCUUAGAUAUUCCAUCCUUUUUCUUCACACUCUCUGAGUACAGAUUGGAAAUGUCUAGUUUAUUUUCUGUUGAAGACAAAAAACAGAGAAUUAUGAGAAACAUCGAUAUAGAGCCAAGUUGUAGCCGGCCACAAGGUACAUCGAGUAGAAUUAAUGAUCCUGGAAAUUAUCAGUUGUCACAGUUAAGGCUCUCAGAACUGCCAGUUACUCUGGAGACCAAUGAAGAACCUGCUCCACAUCAUUCCGCCCCCUCAACAGUGCCCCUUCAUCGUGGUCAGACAGCAUCAUAUUUACACUGUUACCCCCCACCAAAAUCAGACUUUUUAUCAACCCUUUCAACUGACAUGGUCCGUCAUAGUUCCAGCAACAGAGACAGUCAUCGUAAAGAUAUUGGUCAGUCAAAAAGUUCCUAUAGUAUAUAUGAGAACAGUGAUUCUUCAAAAGAAUGGAAAAGGAAACCAGUGUCACUGCCAUCAACAUCUCACGUAGACCCAUGUAGUAUGCCUAUACCAACGAGUAUGGGAACUAAUAAAAAUAGUCAUCAUCAUGGAGAUUUUAACAGUGACUCUUUAACACCAUUGGAGGUUAGGAAAAAAAUGCCUGAUGGAAGUGGCCCUAGUGAUAUAUGUCAUCGUCAGUGUAUUUCUGAUAUUCCCUUUAAGAAAAGACUAGCCAAUCGAUCUGUGGAUAUUGGGAUUGUUCAAAAUCCUGUUGAUGUUGCGCUCAUUGAGCAAGGACUUGAGAAUCAAAUAAAUAUUGGAAUUGUUGAGAACCCUGUUAAUAUUGGAAUAUUAAAAAACCCUAACAGUAUUGAAAAUCUUGAUAAUUAUAUGGAGCCCCUCAACAAAGUCUGUGUGGAGAACGAUCGGUCAAAACCAGUUUGUUGUAAUGAAUUGGUUUCCAAAUGGCUCAAGAGCCAUCCAGCUAGAAUUAACAAUAGCAGUAGUGUGAAAUAUUCUCGGGAUAUACCAACCACACUGCCAAAUAAAAUGGCAGGGAGUUUGGAAAACCAAAAAGUCCAUAUGAAGCAUAUUAGUAUUCCUCAGAAUUGUCAUUCUUCUCUAAACAAAUAUGAUAAGCCUGGCUGUAGUGGAUUUUUGGAAAGGGAAGAUCAUCAAAUGGGUAUGAAAGAUCAAGCAGGAAACGGUAAUGAUUUCAGGAAAGCAACACGCCCAGAAGCUGCUAGUGUGUGUUCAACUUCAAAGUCAGACUGUGUUGACAGUUUAAGGAUGCGUGAAAUGGAUGUCAGCCAUAGUCACAACACAGCAUCAUUUCCAAAUGGGUUUGAACAUAGACUUAAUAAAUACAAUAAUAGCAGCAGCAAUAGCACAUAUAACCUUAAAAUAUGCCACAGCAAUAACAGCAGCAGCAGUAACACUUCAGAAAAUAAUUAUAACUUUUCGCGGGUUGACAUGUACCCUAUAAAUAUCAUCAAAUUAGAUGAUUUUAAGGGUGUCUCAGAUUUUCUUCGAACUCUCAAUGAAGAACCUAAUAAGAAAAAGAAGACUGGUAAUAUAGGUAAUGCCAUUCCAAUAGAGAGUUCUAGUAAUAAUAAUUGUAAUGGUUGUGGUGCCAGUAGUAGUAGCAGCAGUAGCAAUAACAGCAGCAGUGUGGGUCCUAGCACUAGUGAUGCUACACCAAAUUCAAAUACUGGUGCUCUUGUUGCUCCAGGUCCAAGUAGUCGAUUUGCCAAUGUCCUUAACUUGAGUUUUAAUGAAAACUUGGACAGCUUCUCCAAAACGGGUAAUAGUGAGUGUGCUGCAAGUAGUGGUGUUGGUAACGGCAGCAGCAGUAGUGAUAGUAACCUAACUGCAUCUGAACGCAGUGUAGAUUGUGUGGUCAAUCUCAGCCAAAAUAUCACUGACAACUGCAAUAAUGGAGCAAAAACUGUGAUGUCUAUAGAUCGACCAAGUGGCAGUGGAACUAGCUCUGGCAGUAUAAUUAGCUCCACAUCAAAUGUCCAUCCUUCUAGUAGCAGCAGUAGUAGCAGCCACAAAGCUGUUAUUGUUAACGUGCCCAAUCUGAGUGCAGACAGUGGGAUGAGGCCUGCAGUCGACAGCAAUCAAAAAGGACAUGGAGAGCAGCUGCCAAAUCCAGGAGAAAAGGACCUUGAAAUGGAAUUCUAUGAAUCUGUCCUUGAACUUGAGAAUGAAUACAGUGCAACUAACGUGUUAGAUAACAACGUUGCUGUGACUUCAACACCUUCAUUGUCAAAUGGUACCAGUGUUGAUUCUUCCACAACAACAGUCAGUGUUGAUACUGUAAACAAUGUCAGUGCUUCGUCCACUCCUGAAGGGACAAACUCCGAUAUUAAAUGCAGAUUGUGUCGCAAAACAUUUAAAUAUGAGAGCAACCUUCAAUCACAUAUGAGUGCACACAAACGACGUAAAUGCUUCAAGUGUGAACAAUGUACAAAAACUUUUACAUUUUUGUCUGACUAUUACCAACAUACACUAUUACAUCAUAGUGGCUUAACUCUUUACACUUGUGACUAUUGUCAGGAACAAUUCCUUAGUACCUCAGAGCUUGAAUCACAUCGUGUUACACAUGAUGGAAAAAGACCCUACCAAUGUCGUUACUGUGAGAAAAAUUACAUUCGCAAAGGGGACUUGAAAAAACAUCUAAGAGUACAUUCAGGAGAGCGACCAUAUCAAUGUGAACUGUGUGGUAAGUCUUUCAGUGCCGGUUCUGGUCAGUUGGCGAAACAUCUCCGCAUACAUCUUGAUGAGAAGCCAUUUUCUUGUAACUAUUGCAACAAAACUUUCACAGAUAAGGCCAAUGCCGACAAACACAUGAUGUUUCAUGUAGGAGAAAAGUUAUUUAAGUGCACACUGUGUAGCAAGGCCUUCAUGCAGAAAUGUGAUUUGUUACGUCAUAUUCGUACGCACACUGGGGAGAAGCCACACACUUGUGAAUAUUGUGGCAAGGCAUUCAGUGAUCAAUCAGCAUUCUCAAAACAUCGGCGUAUUCAUACAGGAGAAGGGAUGCUCAAAUGCACACAUUGUGACAAGACAUUUAAUAACCCCUACAACCGAACUAGGCACAUGCGGCUUCAUACACGGGAAAGAGCUUUUCCAUGCGACUUGUGCGACAAAAUUUUCACAUGCAACUACAGCGUUAAAAUGCACCGUCGCAUACACACAGGUGAGAAACCUCACAAGUGUGACUAUUGCUUCAAAACUUUUAUCAGCAGCAGCAACCUUAAUAAACAUUUAAAGACACAUCACCCUGUCAAAGCAGUGAAGUACGAGUGCUGUGGUACCAUGUAUGCAGACCCAGCUGCUCUCGAUGAACAUUUCAAGUCACAUGGUGCAAAGCAGUCUUGAUUUAGGAUUUUUCAGAUUUAAGAGUAAAUUUAAUUUUUAGAAUUAUAUGAUUCAAUUUCCAACGGUAUACCUGCAUUUGGUAGUAAAAGAAAAAUUUAAUUUCAGGAUGGGGGCAAGUUUAUCCUUUAUAAUUUUUUUGUUUAAAUCCUCCUUCACAGUUUCUCACUUGUCUAUUCUUAAGAAAGAAAGAAAGAAAACAUCAGCUCCAAUAACAGAAA